GCCGGCACGAAGCGGCAACGUCGCGCGGACGCUUCGUCGCGCAACAUAGCGCUUUCUAUUUGCUAUCGACCGCCGCGCCGCCGCCAGUUCACGCGACGAGUCGCUGACGCGCGGUCUUGUGACUAAACUUACAAAAUGGCGCCAAGAAAGUAUCUCGUCUCUGAAGAAAUGAUUCCGACGCUCAUAAGAAAAGUGAGGAGUAAAGAGUGUCUCUGGAACCCUGAGGAUUAUAACUAUAAUGAUAGAUUUCACACUCUUUCUGCGUGGAGGAAUAUCGCCAAAGAAAUGGAUAUACCAGAAGAUAUAAUCAAAACAAAAUGGAAAAAUCUAAGAGACUUAUUCAAAAGGGAGUACAAGAAAAACCGUUGUAAGAAACUAGAGAACUAUACCGGAAAAUGGAAAUAUUUCAAAUCCAUGUGGUUUAUACAGACACCAUCCGAUUACGUAGCCAAUGGGGCUGACGAGGAAAAUGAAGACAACCAAUCACGUGAUAAUGAUGAAACUGAGGGAGAAGUUAAUCAGGAUAAGAACCCCUUUGAACCUGUCAUGAAAUUUGAUCCACCGGACGAACCCGAUGAAUCUCAAGUAUAUAUUGAAGAUGCAGAUAUUAUUCCUGAUAAACGGAGAAGGUUCAACGACGGUGAUUACGACAUGAUGUACCUACAGUCCUUAACGCCUUACUUCAGUGAACUAGAUCCGAUGAGGAAGCUAGUAGUGAGGAGUAAAAUCAAUGAUCUAUUGAUGACUGAACUAGCUGCCCAACACGCAUCUAACAAACAAAACGGUAGGAAGAGUUAGUGAGUGAUUUUAUGAAACUUACUGAACUGACUGAUAUUUUUUCUAUAAUGAGAACUAAUGUUAAUGAUAUGUUAAGUUUAGCAGAAAAUCUUAUGAGUGAUGAUAAUAUUGAUGUUACAUUUAUCGCGAAAUACAUCUGUGGCUUGGUUUUUAAAGACUGGCUUUAGUUGCGUCAAUUAUAAUCAAAGGCCUGAAUGGUGCACUAUGUAGAUUAACUAAAAGCAAUACAGUAGUAUUGCUUUAUUUUUCUUACCUUUGUAUACUUUCUGUUGAAAGGAUGCGUUCCUUAUUAGGCGAAGAAGUAAUUGUGAUUACAGUUUCGAUAUGGAAACUAUUGAUAUUUAACUUCUAGCAUUGUUUAUAAACGUUUACUUAGAAAACGAGGCUCUUAAAGUAACAGAUUUUAUCCUGUUUGAUAAAUGUUUGUUCUUGUUAAGCAGAUGGAAAUAUAUUUUAUAAUUAAAGCCUUGGACCAA